AUGCAAUACAACACAGUGUCCCUCUUCCUCCUACUUGCCGGAAGUCACUCACCAUCUCUCAGCGCUGUAGCAAAGCUCCACAACGUCGCCGCCUGCGUCUCCGACAGGCAAUACACUAAUCUCGGCGGCACCGGCUUCAGCGUCAGCUACACCUGGGCCAAGAAGUACGAGAUUCUGCCCGACGAGACCAAAUGCGCAUGCGACUUCUAUAAGCAGCGCAACACUGGCGGUAACCAGUGGGAUCAGUGCCCUGACUGUACCUUUGACGGGACUUACUGCAAUUCUGCGGAUUGGCAUAUUGGUGGUGACGAGAUGACGUAUUAUUGUGAGAAGUUGUGUCAUGCUCAGGGUGCGGAGGGAAAUUAG